AUGCCAGUCCAGGACCGCACGAACGAAUUUCGGGCAUGCGUAGAAUCCAUACGGAAUCGCUCUUCCCUCCCUCCGCGAGGGUCAGAGGCGAAGCAGCGGCUAUUGCAGUCUCAAGCAAAGGGUGGCGGAAGCAAGUCCGAGUUCACGAGGAUGGCGUCUGGUAUAGGGAAGGAUAUCAGCAAUACCGCGAUAAAGUUGGGCAAGUUGGCACAGCUUGCAAAGCGGAAGACUCUUUUCGAUGAUCGUCCCGUGGAGAUUAGCGAACUCACAUAUAUUAUCAAGCAAGACAUUGCGAACAUUAAUAAGCAAAUCGCGUCGUUGCAGUCCUAUGUCAAACAACGCAAUGCACCAGCAGCGUCAAAAUCACCCGAAGGGAAGCAGCUGGAGGAGCACAACCAUAAUGUAGUGAUGCUUCUUCAGAGCAAACUCGCAGAUACCAGCAUGAAUUUCAAAGAUGUGCUCGAAAUCAGGACCCAGAACAUGAAAGAAUCGAAAGACCGGACAGAGCAAUUUAUGCAUACCACUUCUACCGCGGCCAGUCAAACACCUCCAAAUUCACUUUUGUUUGGCAAUCCACAACGACAAGACCCAAUGGGCGACGGGACUGCUAUGCCUGCGCGCCUUGACACGAAGGGGAAGGGACGCGCAACGCCACAACCCAACGGUGACAUUCUCGCGAUGGAUCUUGGCUCAGCGGAGGAGGGCUCAGUGAACCACGGUGGAAAUGCAUUUAUGCAGAUGCAGCUUGUUGAGCAGCAGGAUUCGUACAUUCAAUCACGAUCAACAGCAAUAGAAACCAUCGAGUCUACAAUCGCUGAACUUGGCCAAAUAUUCACCCAGCUUGCACAGAUGGUUGCAGAGCAGCGGGAAACUGUACAGCGCAUCGACGCUGAUACCGUCGAUAUAGCGUCCAACGUCAGCGGGGCUCAGCGAGAGUUGCUCAAGUACUACGCAAGUAUCUCCAGCAACCGAUGGCUCAUACUGAAGAUCUUCGGGGUUUUAAUUGUUUUCUUCCUGAUCUUCAUUCUUGUAUCGUGA